AUAAGAGACGGCGACAAAUCGAGCACAGUUUUUAAUUAAGUAGAAGAUACACAACUCUGUAGAUAUUUUUAUGGGAAGCAGUCACUGCGUCCCACAAGAAGGUGGCGAACGACUAUCCGACUACUUGUAGUGGCUAUUUAAAGAUAAAACAAUAACGCUGAGCAUUUCAUGAUGUAUGCACUCAAAGAAGAACAGAAAAAAGAAAUAGAGGAAAUGGACAGAAACGGAGUAUGGGAAAGGAUCAAAGAUAGACUGAAGAAAGACAGUCAGGAUUCCAGGAGUGACGAAGAGCUGCUGGAGAACUUCAAACCGCAGGAAAACGAGUUUACAGAAGUAAGACGUCUCCAUAGAAACACAUAUGCAAAAAGGGAGAACUUGAAAUCUGACGACCCAUACAGCAGAGCUGUCUUUGAAAAAUGGAGAAAUCACGAAGAGGCUGUUUUUAGUUCAGUUAGAACCACUAUGGCUAACCGACGAGAAAGGAGCUCACUGUAUCAAAAUGGAGAAAUUCCCCCGAUGAACACUGAUACUCCAUGUCGGUUUAUUCGAAGUGGUGAUUCACCAAUAUUACCUUACCAUAGUACACCAAAGUUUGCCUGGAAAAUGGACAAUUCCAAUGCAAGAAAUAAAAGACUGAUCUCCAGGGAUACACCUCCUCCAUGGACCCACAAUGGUUAUGGAAUUGAGCCAUCUUUAGUUGAUAAUGUGACUCAAUUGGAAGGACAAAAUGUAGAUGUCUGGUCCAACCAAAAACAUGAAAGUACCAUUGAAGGCUUUACUGAAGCUGAUACCGAGCGCGACAUACGGACAGAAAACAAAGAAUAUCAUUUGAAACAACCCGAUAAAAUUCAAAAGAAGUUACAUAAUGAUAUAGAGCAUUGCACUUUCAACAAAAAUAGCUGUAAUUACUACAACGUCACCCAUGAGAAAGCCGUUGACAAUGUCUCAGUUGCACACAACAUCCUCACUAUAAGAGGCAACACUUUGAAGAAGCAGAUGAUAGAAAGCACGCCGACCAAAUUUGAUUCCUGGAAAGAAAACGAGAAAGAUGAGAGCUAUCUACAUCCAAACAUGAAACAGUACAAACUCGCCCCAGAACUAGCUCAGUAUGGUUCUGUUGAACAUAAUAAUCAAAUAAAGAACAAUAAUAUAAUGUUUAAGAAAAAACUUGAAAAUAUAACUUCUACGCUUGACACAUGGAAAACUAAGGAUACCGACUGCAGUGACCAACAACCUAAAAUGAAAGGCUAUAUAAAUGGCGAUAAGUCAGCUGAAUAUGACUUUAAGGAGAACAAUUACCUGACACAAAGUGACAACGCUGUGAAAAAAACGCGUGAAGACAAAAUUCAGAACAACAUAGACACAAUGUGA